AUGACAGGAAAUGAAAAAAGAAAAUUAUUCGUCAUUGGAAAGUCAAAAAAUCCUCCUUGCUUUAGAGGUGUAAAACAAUUGCCAGUAAAGUAUGACGCAAAUACCAAAUCAUGGAUGACUGCCGAGCUUUUCGCCUCAGUAUUGGCAGAAUGGGAUUCCGAAUUGAGAAAAAAAGAAAGAAAAAUAUUGCUUAUUGUUGACAAUUGUGCGGCCUAUAACAAGAUGCCGAGUUUUCCAAAUAUAAAUUUAAUUUAUUUUCCUCCGAACGUAACGUCGGUGUUACAACCAAUGGACCAAGGCGUUAUAAAAUGUUUUAAGGGCAUCUACAGAAGAAAACUAGUAUUAGAGUACAUCAACAACAUAGAUCGAGGAAAUACAAACAGUAAUGUUUCUCUGUUACAAGCUGUUUGUUUCAUGGCUGAAGCGAGGAAUGAAGUAACAGAGAAGACAAUUCGAAACUGCUUCAUAAAAUCUGGUUUAUGUAGAGGAAACUUAGUAGAAAAAGACGAUGACAAUGAAAUGAGAUUGUCUGAUUGGCUGAGCUGUAAUCAAAUACAUCACACUAUACCUACAGAAUCCAUCGACAACUACGACGAGGAUGACAUGGAACUUCCAGUAGAGUCAAUGAACUUAACGACGAUAAAUUUUUUACGUAUUGGUCUAAAAUGA